GCCGCGCGCAGCGGCGUUUGAAUGGCUGUGAGUGGGGCCCGGCUGGGGCUCCUAGGGACGCUCCGAGCUGCCAGGCGCGGUUCGUCAGCACGGUGGCUGGGCUGAGGCGCUGCGCUACCAUGAGGCGCCGGCACUUAAGAGAUUAUGGCAUCUGACACCCAACAUGUUAAAAAACGGAACUUUUCUAAUAGUAUUGAGGAUCAUCCUAUUGAUCUUCCUAGAAAGAGGAUCUCUAAUUUCACUAGUAAGAACAUGAAGGAGGUUAAGAAAUCUCCAAAACAAUUGGCUGCUUACAUAAGUCGAACAGUUGGACAAGCUGUGAAAAAUCCAGAUAGACUGCGGAAGGUGCUCUAUCACAGAAAGUUAGUUCGUCAUCCCUUUCCAGAUCCUUGUAACAGAGCUAAGCAGUCCCCUAAAAGCGGGGGCUGUGACAUGGCAAAUAAAGAAAAUGAACUGGCUUGUGCAGGCCAUCUGCCCAAAAAUUUACGCCAUGAUAGUCGAACAUUUGUAGUUAACACCAGUGAUCCUGGUUCUUCACAGACAGAAAGCCCGUCAUCAAAGUAUAGUGGCUUCUUUUCUGAGGUGUCUCAGGACCACGAGACAAUGGCCCAAGUUCUGUUCAGCAGGAAUUUGAGAUUGAAUGUAGCUUUGACUUUCUGGAGAAAGAGAAGUAUAAGUGAGCUUGUAGCUUAUUUAGUGAGGAUAGAAGACCUUGAAGUUGUGGUAGAUUGCCUUCCUGUUCUAACCAAUAGUUUACAGGAAGAAAAGCAAUAUAUCUCACUUGGCUGCUGUGUAGACUUACUGCCUUUAGUAAAGUCUUUACUUCAAAGCAAAUUUGAAGAAUAUGUAAUAGUUGGCCUAAACUGGCUUCAAGCAGUAAUAAAGAGGUGGUGGUCAGAACUCUCAUCUAAAUCAGAAAUUAUAAGUGAUGGAAAUAUUAAAAUUUUAAAGCAACAAUUGAAUGGAUUAUGGGAACAGGAAAGCCAUCUUACUUUGGUUCCAGGAUAUACUGGUAAUAUAGCUAAGGAUGUAGAUGCUUAUUUAUUGCAGUUGCAUUGAGAGAUUUCAUCUUCUAAAGAGUAUUUGGCUGUUCAAACGGCGCUGGAUUAUAUGAUUUCCAAAAGUAGGUCUCUCCUGAGAACUGUGAACUGUGGAAGAAAUAAAAACAUUUUUUUUCUUUUAAAAAGCCACAUAAUAAAGCCACUAAUGAAAUCCUAACAAUGUACUUCACAUUGAAGUGGAAAUAUCCGGAAGGAGCAACUUCAACUUCAAUGAGGUGAAAGUGCACUAUGAAGACUGUUCGCCUUGCUGCACACAGAACCAUUAUGGCCGUUUGGUAGGGUUGUUCAAGAACUUCUGGGUCUUAACUCAUUCCUGCAUAAGAAUAUCAUUUAUAGUAUUCAAAACAAGACAGGACUUUUACCAGGAACUACAAAGACCAAUCAUUAAUUUUUGUUGUGUUUUAUGAAGAAACACUUAAAUGUGUGCAGCUAUU